AAUGGAGCCGAGUCUGCUGCAGAGAGCAAAUGAAGAGCUGGGGAGACGUCACCUAGAUGUGGCUGAGGAACUCUACGGGGAAAUCAUAGACAGCUGCACACAUAAGAGCAAAUGCCGCUCUGAAGAUCUAGCUACAGCCUACAAUAACAGGGGGCAGAUUAAGUAUUUCCGGGUUGACUUCUAUGAAGCCAUGGACGACUACACAGAGGCAAUACGAUUGAGCCCCAAUUUUGAGGUUCCUUAUUAUAACAGAGGCUUGGUCCAGUAUCGAUUAGGGUUUUUUGAUGAAGCCAUUAAGGACUUCCAGAAAGUAUUGACAUUAAACCCUCAGUUUGAAGAUGCAAAGAUCAGCCUACGGCAAAGCAUUCUGGACAAAGAGGAGAGAAGGGAGAGGCUUUCUGGAAUCUAAAGCGACUGGAGAUUGACAUUACAGUAGCCGAGCAUGACACGGGUCUGAGUGUAUGUUAUACACACCUUAUGUGCUGGACAAAUCCCAGGAGCCCAGUCACCAGUU